GGAAGUGAGGUGUCUGUUGAUAUAGGCGCUUCCUGUUUUGGGGUGUUAGUGACAGCAACAUCUGGGAAGGGACCGGGGACUGUGAGCAGAGCCGUAACUGAGCCGGGGGUGCUGUCCCCUCUUCUCUGCAAUGAUGAGGACGGCGGUGAUGACUAGUGCCAGUCUGGCACUCACAGCUGCAGUGGUGGCACAUGCUUAUUACCUCAAGAACCAGUUCUACCCAACAGUGGUGUACCUAACCAAAUCAAGCCCCAGCAUGGCUGUUCUCUACAUACAAGCAUUUGUUCUGGUCUUCCUAUUAGGAAAGUUUAUGGGAAAAGUUUUCUUUGGUCAGUUGAGAGCAGCUGAAAUGGAGCACCUUCUGGAGCGCUCUUGGUAUGCUGUUACAGAAACGUGUUUGGCUUUCACCGUGUUCCGGGAUGAUUUCAGCCCUCGCUUUGUAGCACUCUUCACUCUUCUGCUGUUCCUCAAAUGUUUCCACUGGCUUGCUGAGGAUCGUGUGGAUUUUAUGGAACGCAGCCCAAACAUUUCCUGGCUGUUUCAUUUUCGUAUUCUUGCAUUAAUGCUCUUGCUGGGUGUUCUGGAUGUUCUGUUUGUGUCUCAUGCUUAUCACAGUCUGGUCACCCGCGGGGCCUCUGUUCAGCUAGUCUUUGGCUUCGAGUAUGCCAUACUUAUGACCAUGAUCCUCACCGUGUUCAUAAAAUACAUCCUGCACUCUGUGGACCUGCAGAGUGAGAACCCAUGGGAUAACAAAGCCGUCUACAUGUUAUACACUGAACUUCUGACAGGGUUUAUUAAAGUUUUGCUGUACAUGGCUUUCAUGACAAUCAUGGUCAAAGUCCACACAUUUCCUUUGUUUGCAAUUCGUCCAAUGUAUCUUGCAAUGAGACAGUUUAAGAAGGCUGUGACAGAUGCCAUCAUGUCAAGAAGAGCCAUCCGCAAUAUGAACACACUGUAUCCUGAUGCUACUCCAGAAGAGCUCCAAGCGAUGGAUAAUGUGUGUAUCAUCUGCAGAGAGGAGAUGGUGACAGGAGCAAAGAGACUACCAUGUAACCACAUAUUCCACACAAGCUGCCUGCGUUCCUGGUUCCAGAGGCAGCAGACAUGUCCUACAUGCCGUAUGGAUGUUCUCAGAGCUUCCCUUCCUGCUCAGACAGCGGCACCUGCUGACCAGCCCGAUCCUGCUCAGCAGCCACAUGCUGCUCCUGCACAACAAACUCCAAUCAUUCCUCCACAACCCAACUUUCCUCCUGGGAUGCUCCCUCCUUUUCCACCUAACAUGUUUCCUCUUUGGCCACCACUGGGUCCUUUUCCACCAGUUCCUGGAGCUCCUGGAGCCAAUGCCCCUGAAGAAGCAGCACAUGCAGGAUCUUCCACCGCAUCUGCCGCCAGACCUAGUGAAGGUGCAACUGCAGGUGGCUCUGAUUCAUCUGCUGGGACAUCUAUGCCAGGGUUUCCUUUUCCUCCUCCAUUUUUGGGAAUGCCCAUUUUCCCACCAUUUGGACUUCCACCAAUGCCGAUGCCUCCUGCAGGCUUUGCAGGUUUAACAGAUGAGGAGCUGAGGGCAAUGGAGGGUCAUGAAAGACAGAACCUGGAAGCCAGGCUGCAGUGUCUGCAAAAUAUCCAUACCCUUCUAGAUGCUGCAAUGCUACAGAUUAAUCAAUAUCUUGCAGUGUUGGCAAACAUUGGCCCCCCUCGUCCUCCAGUCCCUUCUACGCAGUCCCCACCAGUACCCACAGACACUGCUUCCUCUAAUCUCACAGAAGAAACUCCUUCAGAUGUCCCAUCAGAGGUGACCAAUGUUGGGCCAUUUCAAGAUACAGAUACCCCUGAAUCUGUCAGCGAAGAGAUAACGAAUGGCGCCGAAGGUGGCUCAACGAUAGAAGAACCAGAUGCAGCAGAAUUGCGCCGACGUAGACUUCAGAAAUUAGGAACUGGUUCCCCGGAAUCUCACUGAAGCUUCACCCCCGACCUGAACUGCACACACCGUUAUGUGUUCACAGGGAACAUGGAGCUUUUACUGGACUCAAAUAAAAGCCUGACAUAAGUUAAGCUGGACUUCUAUAAAUAUAUAUAUUUUUUAAGGACACGUUAGGUUCUCUUCAGGCAAAUGCUUGCUGAAUGAGGAGAGUUUGUUGACCUCAUUAACUGCGUUGGACUUGUUGCAGCAAAAUUAAACAUUGGACUUGGUCUGUUUUAGUUGAUGGAAUAUAAUUUGAAUUGCAAGAGUUAUUUUAUCAAUGAGCACAUUUCUAUUGACAUUUCAUAAACAAAAAAGUUACAUUGAAAAUGCACAUCAAGAAUGUAUUUUUAGGAGCACAGUAUAUACAUAUGUCAACAUGGAAAGACUUUAUCUUUGUGACCUGAGUUGACAGGCAAUGGACAGUUAUACAUGACAUGAAUGAUCGUAGAUUCAAUAAUAAAUUGGUGACAUUGCAGUAAUGUAUUGGAACGCAAACUUUUCUAGUCGUAUGACCUUAUUCAA